UGAUUAAAAUACGUGUGAAAGAAAAAUGGAGAAAAGAUGGGCAAAUUAAUAGGCUAGACCCAGCCCAGCCCAGCCCAUCACAAUCCAUUGCCUAGGGUUUUAGGUAUCAAUAUAUUACUAUAUAUAAAGAAAAUGUAUCACACAAAAGCGCUCUUAAGCUCUCAGCAUCCUCCUCUUUCCGCCGUCAAAAGGAAACCCUAGGAAUCCAUUUUUGAUUGUCUUUGUAGAAAUGACAACCGUUCCAGGGCAACUAGUAUGGGAGAUCGUGAAGAAGAACAACUCCUUUUUGGUUAAGGAGUUCGGUAAUGGUACCGCCGGCGUCGUCUUCAGCAAAGAACCUAACAAUCUCUACAACCUUCACUCUUACAAGCACUCUGGCUUAGCAAACAAGAAAACUGUGACUAUCCAGCCUGAGGGCAAAGAUAAAGCUAUUUUGCUUGCUACAUCGAAGACCAAGAAGCAAAACAAACCUUCAAGCUUGCUGAACAAAUCUGUGAUGAAGAAGGAAUUCCGCAGAAUGGCUAAGGCUGUAACAAACCAGGUUGCAGACAACUACUACAGGCCAGACCUGAAGAAGGCAGCCCUCGCAAGGUUGAGUGCUGUGAACAGGAGUCUCAAGGUAGCCAAGUCAGGUGUCAAGAAGAGGAACAGGCAGGCUUAAAAGUUCAUGCUAGGAAAUGCUAUGGUUGUAUGACUUGUAAUGCAUGGGUUUUUUCCAGUAUCAAAGUUUUGUGUUGACUUUAUCUUUGUUUCUUUCUCAUGAGUAGCUAUUGUGGCAAGGGCAAUAUCUCUAGUUUUGAGCUAAAAUUGACUCCCUUUAUCAGAGUUUUGAAAGAUUCAUCUAUAUCAAUUUAUGGCAUCUUAGAUUGGUACUUUA